AUGGAAAAUACCAUAAUAGUACCAUUGGAAGUAAUGGUAAUUACCCAUCAAAGUCCUGAGCACUAUCGAAGUCCCAAGUACCCAUUGGAGGUAACUGCCAUUGAAGUAACUGUAACUACCCUUGUACGGUGCUACUUUUUUCGGGUACUUCGCCGGACUCGAGUGCGAGUCUGUUUCUCUUCUUCAUCGUCUUCUUCUUGUGCCGCUUCAGAACGAGUCCUGCGUUUGGAAGCUGGUGUAUUUCCUGGAGGAGUGGGACUGGCGGUUUUAGUAUUACGUCGUUUUGAGGGAGGUUCAGAGUCUUUAGCGGCUACAGAACGAGCUCGCUUUUUGGGUGGUACUGAUUGUCGACGAGAUCUCGUCACUCUUUUAGUUUCUGAAUGUGAGUCGUCAGCAGAAUCGUCGUCUUCGUCGUCGUCGUUGUCUAGGUCCGAUUCCUUACCGGAUUUGGUUCGUUUCUUUGAAGCUAAAGUAGACUUUUCACUACCUUUCUCAGCUUUAUCGCCAUUUUUGUCGUUCAAUUUCGCGGAUUUUUCCCGAUUUUUGCCUCGAUCCGCUUCCUCGUCACUGUCUCCACUCUCCUCUCGCUCCUCUAACUCGUCAACCUUCUCCAAGUCGUAG